AUGGGCUGUGGUUGCAGCAAAAAUUCGAGAGCUCGUUCUGCUGAUACGGCAGGUAAGAUUUUUAUAGGCCGAUUUAAACCAGACAACUUUUGCCUAAAACUGUCGCAUUGAACUCUGCUUACAACUUGAGUUGUACUCUGUAAAUCAAGAACACAAGUUUACACAACAGAACUCACCUAUGACAACGUUAUAAACGAAGCCGAGUUGUGCGCUUGAAUUACACAGUACAACUCAAGUUGUAAGCAGGUUGCAUUAUGCGAUAGUUUUAGGCAGAAGUUGUGUACUGUAAAUCAGAUCGGCCUUAAGAUAGUGAUCGCGGAAACGUUUAAGUCUAUUGAGAAUGAGACGUUACUUACGAAAUAAUCACAUUACGGAAAGUGUUGGAUAAGCUAGAGAUUUUUAACGAAGCUACAGUUUUUCACGACUUUUACGAUUUUUUCAAGUUGACAUCUAACAGAUAUAAAAAGCAACGACUGUAAAUGUCUGAGCAAAUUGUCAGUGACAGGAUGCGAAUCACUGAAAAGUCUUCGCAGAAAACCAGCAUGGGGAGACUGCAGUUGCCAUACAGUCGCUAGCCGUCGCUAAAUUGAAAACAGCGAAUAUUUUGGAUGAGAGAGCUACUCGGAUUGUUAUAUAUACAAAAUAACAACAUGCACUUUUAAUCCAAAAAGCUUGUGAUUCAAGCUGUCCGCAAUGAACACUACUUGAAGCACAAAUUUGCGACAAGUGUGACGAAUCCAUUCGAGCGCGACGUGCAACUAAGGCGAGUGAUGGUAGUUCGGUGCCUAAGAUAUGCACAUACCCCAGGGGUAGUUGUGUUAACAGUGAUAUAAUCACCGAUGUAGAGGGUGUAAAACUCGAUAUGACUAUUUUAGAGUCCCGUUUAUUUACUUCGAUUUACCAACAAUUAAGAGUCUAAGUCCGAUCAUAUUAAUUAACUCAAUUCGUAUUAAACGGAACGGGACAUGGAAAAACCGAAAAAGACGAAGUAAUCUGUAUCUCUUGAGCGCGGUGGAUCCCAUAAUGACCUUGCAAACAAAGGUCGUGGAUUAAUUAAUGAUUUAAUGACAUCCCAGACAAUUAAUUAAUAUAAUUGAUGAUUCCGUCCCUUUUACCAACGAGUUAGCUACUAAUUUGAAUUAUUGAAUAAGAAUCAGCCAAGCUCAACUAUUAUUGAAAUCCCUUUGUUCAGCGAUAAAGAUCAACAUUUUUGUGUGUGUUUUGAUGUUAUGUACUCAGGCCGGUGAAUAUGUUUUUGAUGUACUGUAGAGUAACAUCAAGAACAUUAUAUUCACCUGAGGCUGAGUACAUAACAUCAAAACACACACAAAAAUAUCAUGAUCAUAGCCACAUUGGUAUCAAAGGUACUAUAGUUCCAAAAUACCAUACACUCGAACAGACUUGGCCUCGUAGCUCAGUUGGAGCAUUGGACUAGUAUGCCAGGCUAACUUUUCAGUCUACCCGGUGUCACAGCGGAUUUGGACUACCCGCGGAUAUGGACCCCCUAAAAUUCACAAAAAGAAGAAAUUUUGAAACGAUUUGCAGUUGAAUGUGCAUGGAAAUUUAGGCGUCAGUUUAAUUUAAAUUAUGAUAACUAAUGGCAUGACUCGACUAUCUUGGAAUUUGCUUAAUGACGAAAACAAGUUAUUGAGAUGCUAAUUUUAUAAAAGUUUAGGGUUGAAUGGAAUGCAUCACUUUGUUAUGGGUAUGUUAAGGAAAAAAUAAUUUGAAAUAUAUUUUCAUUUUCCGUUUUUAUUCGAGCAGCUAAGAGCAGAUAGCAAUUCCAAGGAGUAAAAUAUAUACUUGUGAUGGCUUCAUGCGAUAGUCUCAGUUCUCGCUCAUUCCAAGAUCAUAGAAAUAAACCGGCAUGUAGCAGAAAAAUUAUAAAUCAUAAACUUUGACGGAAUUCUUUAACUGAUCUAAAAAUCCAAGAUUUGAUGAUCUAAAAAUCUUCGUACGGUUUUUGAAAUAAAUCAGAUAAGAUUUAAGACGAUUUAAAACGCUUUCAGUACAAUAUUCAAAAUACAAUACGUUGCAAUGAUAAAAUACGCGAGGGGUCCAAAUUCGCGAGGGGUCCAAAUUCGCGAGGGGAGUCCAAAUCCGCUAGCGAAUAAAGACCCCCAUAGGUCCAUAUUCGCUAGCGGAUUUGGACCGGGGGGUCCAUUUUGAGGGGGUCCAAAUCUGCUGGGACACCGGUAUGGAUCGAUAUACACUCAGAGUAACAUCAAAAACAAAAAAGAUCAACAUGCUACUUUGAAUGCCCUGCAGUUGUAGACCAAUUUUAACUUAAAAAGAGCUCCUCAUAAUAUUAGCACAUACCAAAGAUGAAUCCAAGAUUGCAAACACAGCAGCCCUCCAUAAUACCGUAAACCUCCGACUAUAAGCCUGGGCUUAUAUAUAUAUUUACGUACUCUAAGACAAAGCCGACUAACAAAUUAUAUCCCCUUGACCUUGCCCACUCCACUACACCGGAAAGACGUAAUUGUUCGUACUGCUAUACGUGCCUACGUUAUGAAUCGUUAUUUACAUGAUUUUCACAGCUUUAUACCCAUGCCAAUUGCCAACAGUGGCAACAUUCUAAGGGCUAAGGCGCUGUUUAUAUGGUCUCGGGUACCAGGGACAAUCUACCCCCCGAGACAACUUUACGAUGCGUUUAUAUGAUAAGAUUCAGAAAGGCAUAACGCGGGGGAAUACUCCGUUUUUUGUUCGAAAUACUUCGUUUUUUGUUCGUUUAUGUUGUUUUUAAUAAAACGUUUCUAUUGAGCAUGCGUAAGUGUGAAAAGUUGCCCCUGGAGGCCGAGGCAAAUCAACGCAAACUGUUUAUACAUGGACAAAAGUUGUCCCUCCUACAAGGGUAACCCUGUUUCGUAAACAGGGUGUCCCUAUCGCCAGGGUGACCCUACCAGCCGAGACGAGUCGAAAACUUUCCAUAUAUAAACACUUGCGUUUAAAUGUUAUAUAAGGACUAUAUAAUUUUGCCUCUCCCAGGGUAGCUCGUAGCGGGGUGUCCAUAGUACCAGAGAUCAUAUAAACAGCACCUAAAGCCCACCGCACACGAGAGCAACUUGCUGAGCUAACCGCCUCGCGUGGCAGCUGGCUCAGCUAUGUAUCUUCACCGCACACGUUGGGAAAGCUACUCAACAACGACAUAAAUGACAAAAUCAUUUGCAUUUUCCUCCAUUUUGUUCCAAGUCAUGAAGAAACCAUGGUUUGUCAUUCGCUAAUUGAUUUAAACAGCUCAGCACUUAGCUCACAACAUCCGCAGACGCUGAGAUCUUUUCCUCGCGAGGCGAAAAAUAUCAAACACGAUAGAUAUUUUCUUCAAGGCCUCGAGAGGUCAAAUCCUCACGAAAACUAUCCGCACACGAGAGCAACUUGCUGAGCUAACCGCCUCGAGUGGCAGCUAGCUCAGCUAUGUAUUUUCACCGCACACGUUGGGAAAACUACUCAACAACAACAUAAUUAACAAAAUUGUUUGCAUUUUCCUCCAUUUUGUUCCAUGUCACAUGAAGAAACCAUGGUUUGUCAUUGGCUAAUUGAUUCAAACAGCUCAGCACUUAGCUCACAACAUCCGCAGACGCUGAGAUCUUUUCCUCGCGAGGCGAAAAAUAUCAAACACGAUAGAUAUUUUCCUCAAGGCCUCGAGAGGUCAAAUCCUCACGAAAACUAUCCGCAACACGAGAGCAACUUGCUGAGCUAACCGCCUCAGCAAGUUGCUCUCGUGUGCGGCGGGCUUGAGACGUCUGGACUGUUCUCUAUGAUGUCAUGAUGCAUGCACCGACCAUUACUACUUACGGGGUGCUGGUUCAAAAUAAAUUAAAGAUAAGCUCUUUCAAGAGUUUUUGCUCUCCCCUUCGCAAUGAAAAUAAUAAAAAUAAACCUCUGGAACCAGGGUAUUUCAAGAGGCAAAUAAAGACUAAAUAAAUGUUUGAGGGAAUUGAUUCAGUGUUAACUGAAACACCAAGUCAAUUCCCUCAAACAUUUCUUAGAAAUGCUUCAAAAAACUUCCCAAACUCACCAUUCUCAACCUUUGUAUAACUCGCAUGCCUCUACCGACAGGCUCUAUAGUUUACUAUCUUAUUCUUAAUUUCUACAGUCUGUUGCUGUGAGGCGAAGAACUGCAAAGGAAGGUGAGUAAAAAGAUACAUCUUUAUACACAAUAAAUAUUUGAAACACAAAGAACCCUUAUCUGCAUAAGGGGUCUGGGAGUGUUAUCCAAGACAAUUUGAAUCUAGAGGCUCUUAAAAGAUUUGUUUCAGCCCAACCACUCACAAAAACUGUUUCAAAACAUGUAACUGGGAAUCAUGGAUAUUCAAUAUAUAAAAACCUUAAAUUUGCAUUUGAGGCAGCAAAGCUAUAAUAUUAGGUUCUCCCACUCUAAUCUCUUUUGGGGAGCUUCGCUCGCCCCAAUGUUAAUUACCUUCUUUUCCAUUACCCCAGCACGUAAGUGAUUUGUGAAGAAAAUAGGAGGGUCUGGACUCCUCUCCCAGAAAACGUUUAUAUUUGUGAUGCUCAAUUAAUGACAGCAUUUCUGGAGCAUCCACAAGGGUAACGAGUAAAUGAGAAUACUGUUUUAAGGCUAUUUUUGUUAGUUUGGUGACUGCACAUUUGUGUUUUAAGAACUGCACAAAUGGGUUUAAAACUGCACAUUUUGUGUAGAACUGCACGUUAAAAUAAACCCUGUAUCUAUAACCGAGGCGACGUACUUUCCAGUCCGAAGUAUUAGACGUAUUUUGCUUUUAGUGUAGAUGGAUACUUCAAGUGGAAAUUCUAUACAGUUUAUUAGAUCUAAGGCCAUAUAAAAUAAAUUCCUUGAUUCUCAUCACCGCCCGACGAUAUUUUGGUUUCCGCGUUGAUAUAUUUUUGUAUUUUGUUAUAAAAUAUAAAUUUACCGCCCGACCGAGCAUCUUCAGAGAUUUAGUUAUUUUUAUAUUUUAUAUUGGACUUUUUGCGAUAUAAAAUUGUUUUAUCGUUAAUAUUGCAACAUGUUAAGGGAUGCUUGGAAUACUGAAGGAAAAAAUGGGCUUAUAGCCUUAUUACAACGAUUUGUGUGGACCUUAUGCAUGUUCAUUAGCGCACGUGCAAUUAUCCACUUAUAUAGCGUUCUUCUAUAAUAUAUUUAAGGGCAAAUAUAAAAAGACUUCCCUCUCCAAUUUUUUAAAUUUUAAACUUUUUUUUAUAUUUUGACAUAAAAUAUAAAAUAUAAACCUCCCGCCUCCUGGGAGUUUUUAAAAUUUAGCGAUGAGAAUCAAGGAAUUUAUUUUAUAUGGCCUAACCAGGAGCACUAGUACGGUGGCAGCGCUCUAACUUAUCAACGCAACUGAACAACACUAGAAAGCAGAUGUACAGCAUUAAGGUUCCUGCUGCAGGUUUUAAGAUAUAUUUAUGAAAAUAUCAUUUUUAUACAGUAAAAUAGUUGUUCUAAAAAAUUUUGUUCGGAUAUUUUUGUUUAUUUUGUCAUUCCGCUGAAAUGGCGAUUUCUUUGACGACUGCAAUAUAUUUCAGAAUCGUUUGAGUGAAUUACUUCUUAUUAUUAAAAUAUCCAAAAUUAGAAAAAAGCCGGACACAAUUUUGAAACUGACGACUUUAGCUAUCGGUCCUGUGAAAAUUUGAGAAAAAUCCGUUAAAACCCGCCGGAGAACAACUCGUUUGAAAAUCAGUAAUUGCCGUAUGAAAUUCUUUGGGAGAAAAUGAAUAUUACAUUUUCAAUGUUUUUCUUAUUGCAGCGAAAUGUAUUUUAUUAAAUAACUCAGCGAGUUUUCAACAUUUUUCGUCCAAACUUGGUCAUAUAGUAGAACUAGUCUAAUGCUUUGAUGAAAACGAAUAAAAUUUUUUUAGGCAAAAUUAACACUCAAAGGUGUUCUGUAACCUUAACCAGUGUACAGGCUGCAUGUUUGUCACUGUCAAAGUAUCUGUGAUCACAGUGGGAAUUUUGCAUGGGUAUAAAAUCUACGUUUCGAAGGACUUGUAAGAAUGAGAGGCUCAAUCCGUCAAUCGUGACAGAGCCGGAACCGAUUCAAUGUUAAACACUGAGUCAGUUCAAGCAUUUCGUACAUGCAAAUCUCUUCAAAGCUUAUAGAAUUUCCCCAUGCAACAUUCCGACACGAUUUCAUAAGGCAUGCUGUGCCAGAACAAUGCUUGGUUGCCUGAAGUCUUUUUAGCAAGCAUCGAGGCAGGCUGUGUCAGAUUAAGGGCCGGUUUACAUGGAGGUAGGGUGACCCUAGCAGAAGGGUUACCCUAGCAAGCGGGUUACCCUACUUCAAUAUGUUUUAUAUGAAGCCUUAUAGAGUCACGAUCUUUUUCAAAGGCCAGUUUAUAAUAGUUUAUACCUGUAAACCACAUAUAAAUCAUAAGUAUUCUCUAGUUAUAAUCACUCCAUGUAUUUUCAGUUUUAAAAUGUUGUAUUUCGGCUGAUGAGAAAGAUCGUGAUUCAUUCUUUACGACCGUUACGACCAUAUGGAAACCGGGCUUUACCUAUAAUCUUGGUGCGACGGGUAAAAUAUCACAAAAAUAUUCCAUUAGAAAGUAUUUCACCAGUUAUAUUUAUCGUUUUCCAAACCUUCGAGAAAUGAAAUAUAUUUUCUCUUCUUUUGUAGAGACUGUUCAAAUUUUCCUGACCUCUCAAAGCAUAAUAACUGGAUGGCAAAAUGUCUAACGCCAGCAGUAUACCAAAGACUUUGCAACAAAUCAACUCCUGGCGGUUACACAUUAGAUGAAUGCAUUCAGACUGGAGUGGACAAUCCUGGGCAUCCUUUUAUCACAAUUGUUGGGUAAGUGUGCACUUUUUCCUUACUUGUGCUAUACACACGUAACAAUAUCACAUCUUCUAACAAGUCUGCCAACAAGCCGUCCCUCAACAAGUUUGAAACAAGCUGUUAACAACUUGUAACAAUCUUGUUGAUAUUAUGUGAACAUGGCAUUGUUAUACCAUGUUAUUUAAUAUAUUCAAUACUAUAUAUUCAGACUGUUAUAAUUAUAAGAGGAAGACCUUAGGUAACCUUCCUCGCAUGAGUAAGCAAAUACUUAGAAAGAUUAAAGAACCACGGGAAACGCCUAGUACCACAAACCACGCUAACAGGACAUGGUUUUGUGGUUGAUAAACACUGCUAGAACUUGCUUUGACAAACAUAUUGCGUUUUGAGGAAAUUAGUCAUAUUAUAGAUUUCUUCCUCUAAAAUUUAUUAUAAAAGCUGAGCGAGGGGGUGUGAAGUGAGAAGAGCCAUUUAGGCAAAAAUACUUCAUAGGCCAACAAAGGCUGAAGUAUAUAAUAAAAAGGCUAAAUAUAGUUAAGCCUCGUCAAGUAAAGAAGACGGAAUACGAAGUAUAUAAAGAAUAAAGAUUCAAAGUUGUGCUCAGCUCAGACAAAUAGAGAGAUAUAAGUUGAUAUAUUAAGAAUACUAUAUUAUAAUAUUAUAGAGACGCUAAUUCGUAUGGUUGAAAAUAAAUAAAAUUAUAUAAAAGGUAUAAGGUUUCAUGCUAUUUGUGUUACGGUGGCGUUAAUACUAUUUGAAUCUGAAAGGUAUUUGACGCAUAUAUAACGCACCAUAACAAUUAUCAGACUUGUUGCAAGAUUGUUCCAACAAGUCCGAUACAGUCAUAAUAUAACAAUAUUUUUACAAUCUUGUGUCGUCAACCUUGUAACAUUCUUUUUAUAUCAUGACUGUAUCAGACUUGUUAGAACAACCUUGUAACAAGUCUGAUAAUGCCAUCGAGCUUGUUACAAGUUGUUAACAGCUUGUUCCAAAUUUGUUACUCACAAUUUGUCAACAAGAUGUGUUCGCAACAGGCUCGUAGCAAGCUUGUCAACAAGUUGUAACAAUGCUAUUAUUUUAUCAAGUUGCUACAAGGCUGUCACUCGCAACUUGUUGACAAAUUGUUGAAUAAAAUUCCAGGACGAUAACAAGUUGUUGGAACAACUUGUAACAAGUCUGUUGAGCUCAACAACCUUGUAGCAAGUUAUCAACAAGCCGUUGACAAUUUGUCAAGAAGCUGUCACGACUGUAUCAGACUUGUAGAACAACCUUGUAACAAGUCUGAUAAUGCCAUCAAGCUUGUUACAAGUUGUUAACAGCUAGUUCCAAAUUUGUCACAACAACUGGGAACAAGCAGUGCGAACACAACUUGUCAACAACUUGUGAACAGAUUUGUAACAACUUCUUUGCAGACCUGUAACAACUUGCAUGUGUACCACACGUAAAAAUCUCACAACUUGUCAACAAGAUGUGUUCGCAACAGGCUUGUGGCAAGCUUCUCUAGAAGUUGUUGCAAUGCUGUUACUUUAUCAAGUUGCUACAAGCUUGUCACUACAAGUUGGAAUAACUUGUAACAAGUCUGCAGUCGGAUUUGAAAUAUUGCAUAGUGCCAAUGUGGUAUAUACUAUUUCGUUGACCUCAGAAUGACACUUCGUCAAAACUUUUUUCUUCAAGAUUGGUUUAGAAGCAAACUUGGAGUAGGGUUAGGGUUAGGUUAGGGUUAGGAUUAGAGUUGGUGUUUGGAAUAGGGUUAGCAUUAGUAAAACCGUUGCUUUGUUACGUUUUGUCACUCUGAGGCCAGCGAAAUAACCUCUUCCUGCCAAUGUACCACGACCUAAAUUUUCCGCUUGUCCUCCCUAUCAGGUGCGUGGCAGGCGACGAGGAGAGUUAUGAGGUAUUUGCAGAGCUGUUUGACCCGGUCAUUGAAAAGCGUCACGCUGGAUACAAGAAGACUGACUUGCACAAGACUGAUCUGGAUUGGACCAAGAUACGCGGCGGGGACCUGGACACGAAUUACGUCAUAUCCUGCCGCGUUAGGACUGGGCGCAGCAUCCGGGGUUUAGCUUUGCCGACGUAUUGCACACGAGCUGAAAGGCGGGAAAUUGAGAAAGUCGUUUCUGAUGCUUUGAAAAAUCUCGACGGCAUAUACAAAGGUCAGUAACCGGCGCGCGAAAUUCCUUCGAGGCGGUAAAAUGGUUAUGGUUUGACCAUCUUCGGGAAACAUCGCUAGGAAACAAUGUUUCCUGGUUUGUCCACCUUUGAGAAACAUGGCUAGGAAACAAUGUUUCCUGGUUUGUCCACCUUUGGGAAACAUGGCUAGUAGAAAACAAUGUUUCCUGGUUUGUCCACCUUCGGGAAACAUGGCUAGGAAACAAUGUUUCCUGGUUUGUCCACCUUUGGGAAACAUGGCUUGGAAACUAAUGUCCCCUACAUUGACAAGAAAAUACUAUCGCUAUAUUCUCUAGGCAAAUACUACCCUCUGAAGAGCAUGAGUGAAAAGGACCAGGAACAACUCAUCGCAGACCAUUUCCUGUUUGACAAACCGGUAUCACCACUGCUUACGUCAGCAGGCAUGGCACGUGACUGGCCAGACGCGCGCGGAAUAUUUCACAAUGACGCUAAGAAUUUCCUGGUUUGGAUCAACGAGGAGGAUCAUACGCGUGUUAUCUCCAUGGAAACAAGCGGGAAAAUGAAGGAUGUAUUUCAACGAUUUUGCGAGGGCUUGAAUAAGGUAUAGUUGCUCAAACAUUGGGGUCCAGUGUAGGUAGUACACACGCAAAAAUCUCACAUCCUGUAGCAAGUCUGCCAACAAAUUGUGUUCGCAUUGCUUGUCCAAAGUUUCGAUCAAGCUGUUAACGACUUGUAACAAUCUUGUUGAUAUUAUCAGACUUGUUGUAAGGUUGUUUCAACAAGUCUGAUUCUGUCAUGAAUCAUGAUAUAACAAUAUUCUUACAACCUUGUGUCGUCAACCUUGUAACAUUCUUGUUACAUCAUGAACCUUGGCUACAUACGUAAAACGCACAAGUUGUUACAAAUCUGUUCCCAGUUGUUGUAAAAGGUUUGGAACAAGCUGUCAACAACUUGUAACAAGCUUGUUGGCAUUAUCAAACUUGUUACAAGGUUGUUCUAACAAGUCUGAUACAUUCAUGAUAUACUGUAACAAGAAGGUUACAAGGUUGACGACACAAGGUUGCAACAAUACUGUUAUAUCAUGACUGUAUCGGACUUGUUGGAACAACCUUGCUACAAGUCUGAUAAUAUCAACAAGCUUGUUACAAGCUGUUUAAUCAAAGUUGAUCAACUUGUACAAUAUUGUUAUAUCAUGACUGUAUCGGACUUGUUGGAACAACCUUGCUACAAGUCUGAUAAUAUCAACAAGCUUUUUACAAGCUGUUUAAUCAACUUGUACAAUAUUGUUAUAUCAUGACUGUAUCAGACUUGUUGAAACAACCUUGCUACAAGCCUGAUAAUAUCAACAAGCUUGUUACAAGUUGUUAACAGCUUGUUCCAAACUUGUUGACAACUUGGGACAAGCAGUGCGAACACAACUUGUCGACGGCUUUUUGGCAGACUUGCUACAAGAUGUGAGAUUUUUCCUAGUGCAGGGGAGAAUGUUUCCUGGUUUGUCCACCUUUUCGGUAACAUGGCUAGGAAACAAUGUUUCCUGGUUUGUUCACCUUUGGGUAACAUGGCUAGGAAACAAUGUUUCCUGGUUUGUCCACCUUUGGGUAACAUGACUAGGAAACAAUGUUUCCUGGUUUGUCCACCUUUGGGUAACAUGGCUAGGAAACAAUGUUUCCUGAUUUGUCCACCUUUGGGAAACAUGACUAGGAAACAAUGUUUCCUGGUUUACCCACCUUUGGGAAACAUGGCUAGGAAACAAUGUUUAAUUUCAUCACUCUUCGACAGGUUGAGACAGCAAUCAAAUCUAAAGGUCGCGAAUUCAUGUGGAACGAGCAUUUGGGAUUCGUCCUAACGUGUCCCAGCAAUCUUGGAACAGGCCUGCGAGCGGGUGUACAUAUCAAACUCCCCCUCCUGAGCGUACACCCGAAGUUCAGCGAAAUCCUCGCAAAACUACGGCUACAAAAACGCGGAACGGGGGGAGUCGAUACGGAAUCCACAGAUGCGACGUUCGACAUCUCAAACUUGGACAGGAUUGGUUAUUCCGAAGUGGAACUCGUUCAAAAUGUCAUCGAUGGCGUGAACUCGCUCGUUCAGUUCGAAAAGGCGUUGGAACAAAAAAAGAACAUCGAUGAAGCGGUUAAGAAACUUAAGACUGGGGCCAAGUCAACUGACGACGACGUGGACAAUUUUCCGAAUCUGAGCUCGCAUAAUAACUGGAUGGCAAAGUGCUUGACUAAGGACGCUUACACCAAAAUGUCAAAGGUUCGUAUUAAAGUGGGAUGUUUUUAUCUUGGUUUAUGCAAAAAAAAAUGGUCGGUUCAUCGUCACGUGUGUAUUGUUUCUUCGCCCAACCAACUAAUAGCAGUGAGUUGGCUUAAAUAGACCUUUCCCCUUAAUAUGAGUGAAAUUUUUAUCUAGAUAUGCCUGGACAAAAUUUCAUCAUAGCUUGAAAGAGCAUCACAAAAUUAGUAAUAUUCCAAAGUUUCGUUGCGAAAUGUUGUAAAAUGCGGAUAAUAUAUAUAGCCUUGCGAAGUUUGCCGUUUUUCAGUCAUUUUGCAUUACAAACGGGAAAUUGAUAAUCAGAUGAUCAAACUGAUUAUAAAUUUCCCAUUUGUAAUACAAAAUGACUGAAAAACGGCAAACUUCGCAAGGCUAUAUUAUCCGCAUUUUACAACAUUUCGCAACGAAACUUUGGAAUAUUACUAAUUUUGUGAUGCUUUUUCAAGCUGUGAUGAAAUUUUUUUCAAGGGUUGUCUUGAUCAAAAUCUCACUUAAAAGGGGAAAGGUCUAUUCUUCACAGACCACAUUUCGUACAUCUUCUACGGGAGUAUCAUAUUUGAUAUAGUUUAUGUCAAAAUGCCGUGUAAUGGGGAAAGUCUUUUUUAUUUUGUGUAGAAUUUCUGUUUGUUGAUAUCCUCUCUUCACUAAACUUUCAAGUAGAACUUUCAGAUCGGAAUCACUUUUCCACAUGUCAGCCAUGUUUGAACAGGGUUG